AUGGGCAAACACAAACCGUCUGGUAUCCGCUGUGCGCGUAAGCUGCGCGUGCACCGCCGUACGCAGCGCUGGGCGCAAAAGUCGUACAACAAGAGCCACUCGGUGACGGCGAUGAAGGCCAACCCGCUUGGUGGGUCGUCCAUGGCCAAGGGCAUUGUCCUGGAGAAGAUUGGGAUUGAAGCGAAGCAGCCCAACUCUGCUAUUCGCAAGUCGUGUCGCGUGCAGCUGAUCAAGAACUCGAAGAAAAUUGCAGCCUUCGUGCCGCGCGAUGGCUGUUUGAACUUUGUGGACGAAAACGACGAGGUGCUGAUCUCGGGAUUCGGUCGUCGCGGCCACGCUGUGGGUGACAUUCCGGGUGUGCGGUUCAAGGUCGUGAAAGUCUCGGGGGUGUCUUUGUUGGCUUUGUACAAGGAGAAGAAGGAGAAGCCGCGCUCUUAG